AGCCUUCAACCAUAACAAUAAAAAUCAUAAAUAAUGGCUGAUGCAGCAACAGAGAUAUCGCCAGAGCUUGACCUUGCGCGCUACCAAAUUACAGCUCUGAGAGCUUACGCUGUAGCUGCAUUAGCUAUCUUGCUUUGGGAUUACGCAACUACUGUUCAUUUGGAGUACCGCAGAAUCUGGAAGGCCCCUUGGUCAAUUGUCAAGGUAUUAUUCUUUAUUACCCGUUACUCUGCGAUUGCUUGUGUCACAAUCAUCGUUUUUGGAUUCCAUUACCAAUACUUAUCAGAUACACAAUGCCAAACUUACGCGAAAAUGGAGCCGGUCCUCUGUGUUAUUACUGUGGCUUCUACUGAAGCUAUACUUCUUAUCCGUGUAUGGGCUCUCUGGGGAAAGAAAAUCUACGUUCUCAUUCCACUGCUGUUUUGUUUGAUUGUAGAAGCUGCUAUUAUGUUUGCAGCUGCAGCUCUUUAUGUUCCUGUUGAGUUUAAACCGGGUUUGGGUAAACUCGAACAAGGUUGUAUUUCAACUGGUGUACACCCUCUUACAACAGCAUACUGGAUCGUUCCACUUAUAUUCGAUGCCAUUGUCGUUGUUAUGACAGUUACCAAACUCGCAAUGAACCGCAACGGAUCAAGAUCAAAGAUCGCAAAAGUCUUCUUGAGAGAUGGUUUGAUGUAUUUCUCUGUCAUUUUCGGUAUCAACUUGAUUAAUACAGUUGUCUAUCUCGUUACACCAGAGAAUAUUAAGGCAGCAAACUCAACACUUGCGAUUGCGCUUACCGCUAUUAUGGGUUGCAGAUUGGUUUUGUCAUUGCGCGCACUCGAUGAUACAUCCGGUGGAUCAUCAACCUCGAGGGAUAGAUCAAACUCACGUGGACCUGGCCCAGUUGUUACUAUUGGUGGUACAAACCGUCGUGGAAAUGUUUCACAACCACAGACGACAACAUUCGGAUCAUACAAGAUGAACGAGUUCUCUACAGACUUUGUAGGAACCUUGGCCGAUGUUAACGAGGAGCAACUCAACCACCAUGGACAAGGAUCAUACAACACUGAGGAUAAGGAUGAUGAAUCUUUGUACAGAUCUGAACAACCUAGAAACGCGUUCAAUCCAUUUGACCCCGUCAAGAUUCAAGUUCAGCACCAAACUGAACACCACGUCUCUUAAGCUCGCGUGUACAUAAUAUUUUUAUGUUUUUCUUCGUCGGUUCACAGCAGCAAAUUUUAACGUUAUUUAGUAUUCCUCAAUUAGCAAAAUAUUAUUUGUACUUUUGUCUAUAUUCACGUUUAUUUAGUUUGA